GCUAUUAAAGAAUGGCCGAUUAAAAUGUGACGGUGAAUCGAUAUUGCUCAUUUUAAAUUACAAAAUAAUUAUUAAAUCAGCAAAUGUCUGAAGUAUGAAUACCGUUGUGUCUCCGUUGAAAUGCCAAAAUAAUAUUGAAAUUCAAUAUGAUGGAUAGAAAGCAUCUACUUUAUAUACUAUGUGUAAUUGCCCAAUCUAUGUACGAAUUCUAAAUCAGCUCCGUUCAAAGUGGAGUUCAGCACAGAAAUAUGGCUUCGAAAGGCGUGUGUGAGGAAAAGAAAGACGCUGAUAAUAAUGAGGAAUCCGAUGUUGUUCCAGAUUUCGAACCUGGGGCAUCUCUUGAAAGUAUGCUUGUUACAACUGAUUCUUUUGAAGAACUGGAACAAGAAAUGGAUUCGAGUUUUGAUGAAAGGCAGAUGAAAGAAAGCACCACCAGUACUAUCAGUGAAAUUCAAGAAGAAUUAAAUGAUACGACUGUCCCAGAGGACUCAAGUUCUGAACAGGACGACAAGAUAAUUGAAAAUGAUGAAGUGGAAGAAAUAGCAUCACAGUUAAGUGAAACAAGCCUCACAUCUAAUGAAGAUGCUAAUGCUGCAGCCACCCCUGUUGGGUCUUUGCCAGAAGAAGACUACUGGCAGAACCCUGAAUGGAAGGAAAGGAAGAAACAUGUAUUUAUUCUUAGUGCAGCUGGGAAACCGAUAUAUUCAAGGUAUGGGACUGAAGAUAAGCUGGUGACCAUAUUUGGUGUAAUGCAGGCAUUGGUGUCCUUUGUACAAACAAAUCAGGAUACAAUUCGGUCAAUCCACACAGGGAACUCUAAGUUUGUUUUCCUUAUAAAGGGUCCUAUUAUCCUUGUUUCUGUUUCAAGAACAACAGAAAGUGUAUCACAGUUAGUUCUUCAACUCACGUAUGUCUAUAACCAAGUUGUAAGUGUUCUCACAUCAUCCCAACUGAACAGAAUUUAUGAACAGCGGCGGAAUUAUGAUUUGCGUCGCCUGUUAGCUGGUGCUGAACGAUUGAUUGAUCACCUCUUGAACUUUAUGGAACGAGAACCAGCAUUUCUUCUUGGUGCAGUCAAGUGUUUACCAUUGACACCAUCUGUAAGGGAUUCCAUAACACAGACUAUAGUACAAACCUGUGGAAAAAUUAAGAACCUUGUAUUUGCCAUACUGCUUGCCAAGAGUCAGCUGAUUACACUCGUACGCAUGAAGAAAUACUUCAUUCAUCCAGCAGAUCUCCACCUGAUUUUCAACCUAGUGAAUUCAUCUGAGUCAUUCAAAGCAUCAGAGAGCUGGACACCCAUAUGUUUACCCAAAUUUGACUCAAGCGGGUUCCUGUAUGGCCACGUAUCCUACCUGUCAGAUGAUUGUCAGGCGUGUCUUCUACUGCUGACUGUGGACCGGGAUGUGUUCUUCACACUGUCAGAAGCAAAGCAGAAAAUUGUGGAGAAAUUGCGACGUAGCAACUGUCUGGAAGCAAUUAACGAGUCUGUGAACCGACCGAGCUAUACGGCAUCACAAGUAGGGGUGCCUGAAAUGCGUCAUUUUCUGUACAAGUGCAAGUCAACAGCACAGUUUUGGAGUCCAGCACUGGAGCCCCCGUAUCAUACUACGGAGGAGUCACAGCGGCUGCUUGGUCUGUACCAAGCCUUGCAUCACCACCUCCAUGCUGCAUCAAGACCUCUGAAGCUGCUGCACCAACAGCUUGACAAAGAGACAAUGCUGGGCUGGGUUACUUCUGGUUUUGAAUUGUAUGUAACAUUUGAACCUCUAAUCACGAAGCACAGUGCUAUCAAUGCUGUCAACAAACUUCUGAGAUGGAUCAAGAAGGAAGAAGACAGGCUGUUUAUUCUCAAUGCACCCACAUUCUAAUAUGGUUCAGAUCUCUAAAACUGUGGUUCCCACAGUGGGGCAAAGGAUCUGUGUGAUUCACUUUCCAGAAAAUGUAUGGGAACCACUGGAAAAAGAUGAUUCCUUAUUUUUAAGCUGAUUAUAAUUUAUAUUAUCUAUACAUCUGUGACAUAAUGUAUGUAUCAUAUACAUAGCUUAUUUUUUAAAAUAAUUUGAUUUGCUGGAAAUUUGUCUUACCAUCAUAUCCAUAUUGUGCCGUUUUUGAGGUGGCCAAGGGAGUAAAUAAUUUUUUAAUAUAGAUUAAAACAUCUUCUGGGAUGUAACAAUGUAUAGUCUGGUAGAAGUCCAAGAACAUUUUGAAGAAACAGUCAUUUUCAGGGUUCAAAAAUAAGCAAAGCAAGAAACCUGCAAGAAGCAGGUUGCAACCCAUCAGUUUUGCUUGCUUUACUGUUCACCCCAAAAUAUGAAGGAAAUACAUUCCUCCAAAACAUCAGUGGACUUCUGCUAGACUGCAUGGCCUUACUGUUUUCUUCAUUCUUACUGCUGUGAGAAUUUUGUAUCAGAUAGACAUUAACUACCUUUUUGAAUUGUUUGAAGUGUCAAAAUAUUUCACAGAAUAUAAUGGUAACCUGGUAUGCCAAACUCUGGUAGAAAGACUGCUUUGUUGGAACAUUACUGACUGUAAAAUUGUAGUUUCAUUGGCAGUAGUAACAUAUGUAGGGCAUAUAAUAAAAUACACAAACGAAAGCCGGGCGAUCAUAUUUGUUCUGUGUAUCAACAUUAGGGCAGCACUGAUUUAAACAUUCAUUAAAUGACAUAAGAUAUUUUGAGACUUUUGACAUUAAACAUAACCCUUUAUAUGUCUGGAAAGUAUAUUCAGAAAAAUGGUAAAUAGUUCAGAAACUUCCCUGUCUUUGCUGUCAUUCAGAGUCACUAUUGUAGAUUCUGAACCAGUCUGCAUAUCUCAUUCAUUAACCAUAUUGUUUGCCUAAACAGAAAUCAGCUAGAUUUGUAACUUUAAAAGUUAUAUAUUUAUAUAUUUACACUUCACAAACUGUAAAUAUCUGGAAGUGUCUAACCUAACCUCAAACAUAGAAAUCUAUAGUGACUUGAGUGUUGUCAAAUUUCACUUAUCAAGUACAAUUGUGUUUCAUUUAUGGCAAUGAAACUGAAACAUGUCACAUGUAAACAGAGUCACACACCAUUGUAUCUAUAUCCAUGGCCAUUCAUGAUAAUCUCAUCUCUCAUUAAGUACUAUAUAGUUAGUCCAUGUAGUGGAUGGAUCAUCUAUAAAUAAAUUAAUCCAAACAGUAGGUGGUUUUGUAGGCAAGGUCAGGAAUACAUUUUUGAGGAUAUUCUUCGGUUACUGUGAAGAAAUAACAGGCAUAGUAACUUUAAAAUUACAGGGUAUGGCGGCUGGAACUUGAAUUACAAAAUUAAAGUUUGCACAUGUAAUUACAAGAAGUGGAAUGAGGGUUUCAAAUUUCACCCAUAAUUUCCACCACAUAUUUGAACAUCGCUUUAACAGUUUGGCUACAACAGACAAGGCUCUUGCACUCUCAUAUAUAUGUUUUCUUUUAUUGCUAGUGGGGCGGGACUAAGUCCCUUGUACUGCGGCCACUUCUGGCCUAUUGUACCAG